AUGCCCCACGUGCGGGUGCGUGAUGGACUUGGAGGGGAGGAAGUCACUGUGGAGACCAAGAUGGAAUUGACGGUGACGGUCAAGGAGGGGGACGUGCACCAGCAGAACCCCCCCAAGUUCGACAAGAUCGAGGACAUGGCCAUGCUGACGUUCCUGCACGAGCCCGCCGUGCUCUUCAACCUCAAGGAGCGCUACGCGGCCUGGAUGAUCUAUACCUACUCGGGGCUGUUCUGUGUCACCGUGAACCCCUACAAGUGGCUCCCGGUCUAUGACCCCCAAGUGGUGGCCGCCUAUCGGGGCAAAAAGCGCAACGAGGUCCCCCCCCACAUCUUCUCCAUCUCCGACAACGCCUACCAGUACAUGCUGACAGGUGGGACCCCAAAAACGGACCGCGAGAACCAAUCCAUCCUCAUCACGGGAAAUUCAUCCGGAUCCACUUCGGGGCCACCGGGAAGUUGGCGUCGGCCGACAUCGAGACCUAACAUGAAGGAGGAGUACGGGCGGCUGAAGGACGCUCUGGAGAAGUCGGAAUCACGGCGGAAGGAGCUGGAGGAGAAGAUGGUCUCCAUGCUGCAGGAGAAGAAUGACCUCCAGCUCCAAGUGCAGGCUGAGCAGGACAACCUGAACGACGCUGAGGAACGCUGUGACCAGCUGAUCAAGAACAAGAUCCAGCUGGAGGCCAAGGUGAAGGAGCUGACAGAACGGCUGGAGGAUGAGGAGGAGAUGAACGCUGAGCUGACAGCCAAGAAGAGGAAGCUGGAGGACGAGUGCUCGGAGCUGAAGAAGGACAUUGAUGACCUGGAGCUGACCCUGGCCAAGGUGGAGAAGGAGAAACACGCAACUGAGAACAAGGUCAAGAACCUGACGGAGGAGAUGGCGGGGCUGGAUGAGACCAUUGCCAAGCUGACCAAGGAGAAGAAGGCUCUGCAGGAAUCCCACCAGCAGACACUGGACGACCUGCAGGCUGAGGAAGACAAGGUCAACACCUUGACUAAGGGCAAAGUCAAGCUGGAACAGCAAGUGGACGAUCUUGAAGGCUCCCUGGAACAGGAGAAGAAGAUCCGGAUGGACCUGGAACGGGCCAAAAGAAAACUAGAAGGUGACUUGAAGCUGACCCAGGAGAACAUCAUGGAUCUGGAAAAUGACAAGCAGCAGCUGGAGGAGAAGCUCAAGAAGAAGGAGUUUGAGAUCCACCAGCAGAACAGCAGGAUCGAGGAUGAGCAGGCGCUGGCUCUGCAGCUCCAGAAGAAGCUGAAGGAGCUACAGGCGCGGAUCGAGGAGCUGGAGGAGGAGCUGGAGGCGGAGCGGACGGGCCGGGCCAAGGUGGAGAAGCAGCGCUCGGAGCUGUCGCGGGAGCUGGAGGAGCUCAGCGAGCGGCUGGAGGAGGCCGGCGGUGCCACCUCGGCCCAGCUGGAGCUCAACAAGAAGCGGGAAGCGGAAUUCCAGAAGUUGCGGCGGGACCUGGAGGAGGCCACGCUGCAGCACGAGGCCACGGCGGCCGCGCUGAGGAAGAAACAUGCCGACAGCGUGGCUGAGCUGGGCGAGCAGCUGGACAACCUCCAGCGCGUCAAGCAGAAGCUGGAGAAGGAGAAGAGCGAGCUCAAGCUGGAGCUGGAUGACCUCAGUGCCAACGUGGAGCAGCUGAUCAAGUCUAAGGUGGCCAUGGAGAAGGUGUCGCGCUCCAUGGAGGACCAGGCUGCCGAGCACUUGGCAAAGCUGGAGGAGACCCAACGUGUCCUCAAUGACGCCAACACCCAACGGGCCAAGCUGCAGACGGAGAACGGUGAGCUGUCACGGCAGCUGGAGGAGAAGGAGGCGCUGGUGUCCCAGCUGACCCGUGGGAAGGUGUCCUACACCCAGCAGCUGGAGGACCUGCGGAGGCAGCUGGAGGAGGAGAUGAAGGCCAAGAAUGCGCUGGCGCACGCGCUGCAGUCAGCCCGGCACGAUGGGGACCUUCUGCGGGAGCAGUACGAGGAGGAGACCGAGGCCAAGGCCGAGCUCCAGCGCUCGCUCUCCAAGGCCAACUCUGAGGUGGCCCAGUGGAGGACCAAGUAUGAGACAGAUGCCAUCCAACGCACCGAGGAGCUGGAGGAGGCCAAGAAGAAGUUGGCACAGCGGCUGCAGGAGGCCGAGGAGGCCGUGGAGGCCGUCAACGCCAAAUGCUCCUCGCUGGAGAAGACCAAGCACCGGCUGCAGAACGAGAUCGAGGACCUGAUGGCCGAUGUGGAGCGGUCAAAUGCGGCUGCCGCUACCCUGGACAAGAAGCAGAGGAACUUCGACAAGGUGUUGGCCGAGUGGAAGCAGAAGUUUGAGGAGUCUCAGACGGAGCUGGAGGCAUCACAGAAGGAGGCCAGGGCCCUCAGCACUGACCUCUUCAAGCUGAGGAACAUCUACGAGGAGUCCCUCGAGCACCUGGAGACCUUCAAGAGGGAGAACAAGAAUCUCCAAGAGGAGAUCUCGGACCUCACGGAGCAGCUCGGCGCUGGCAACAAAUCCAUCCAUGAGCUGGAGAAGGUCCGGAAACAGCUCGAUGCCGAGAAGCUGGAGCUCCAAGCUGCUCUGGAAGAGGCUGAGGCCUCCCUGGAGCACGAGGAGGGGAAGAUCCUGAGGGCGCAGCUGGAGUUCAACCAGGUGAAGGCGGAGUACGAGCGGAAGCUGGGUGAGAAGGAGGAGGAGAUGGAGCAGGUGAAGCGCAACCACCUGCGUGUGGUGGAGUCGCUCCAGACCUCGCUGGACGCCGAGACUCGGAGCCGCAACGAGGCCCUGAGGCUGAAGAAGAAGAUGGAGGGCGACCUCAACGAGAUGGAGAUCCAGCUCAGCCACGCCAACCGCGGCGCCAACGAGGCCCAGAAGCAGGUCAAGGCUCUGCAGGGCUACCUGAAGGACACACAGCUGCAGCUGGAUGAUGCAGCAAGGGUCGGGGAGGACCUGAAGGAGAACGUGGCCAUGGUGGAGCGCAGGAACACCCUGCUGCAGUCGGAGCUGGAGGAGCUCCGGGGCCUGGUGGAACAGACCGAGAGGGCCCGGAAAUUGGCUGAGCAGGAGCUGAUCGAGGCCAGUGAGAGGGUCCAGCUCCUCCACUCCCAGAACACCAGCCUCAUCAACCAGAAGAAGAAGAUGGAGGGUGACAUCUCCCAGCUGCAGACAGAGGUGGAAGAGGCCGUCCAGGAGUGCCGGAAUGCCGAGGAGAAGGCCAAGAAGGCCAUCACCGACGCGGCCAUGAUGGCAGAGGAGCUGAAGAAGGAGCAGGACACGAGCGCGCACCUGGAGCGGAUGAAGAAGAACAUGGAGCAGACCAUCAAGGACCUGCAGCUGCGGCUGGACGAGGCCGAGCAGCUGGCGCUCAAGGGGGGCAAGAAGCAGCUGCAGAAGCUGGAGGGACGUGUGCGGGAGCUGGAGAACGAGCUGGAGAACGAGCAGAAGCGCAACGCCGAGAGCGUCAAGGGGCUGCGCAAGUCUGAGCGGCGCGUCAAGGAGCUCAGCUACCAGACGGAGGAGGACAAGAAGAACCUGCUGCGGCUGCAGGACCUGGUGGACAAACUGCAGAUGAAAGUCAAGGCCUACAAGAGACAGGCGGAGGAGGCGGAGGAACAGGCCAACACCAACUUGGCCAAGUUCCGGAAGGCGCAGCACGAGCUGGAUGAGGCCGAGGAACGCGCGGACAUCGCUGAAUCCCAGGUCAACAAGCUGCGGGCCAAGAGCCGUGACAUCGGAGCCAAGAAGCUGCAUGAUGAGGAGUGA